AUGUCCUGUUUUUUCGCCAGAUGCUCGCCGAGUCGCUGUGAACACGGAGGGAGAUGCUCGCAGUCGUGGAGCACGUUUCACUGCAACUGUUCUGCCACGGGCUACAGCGGAGCGACCUGCCACAGCUCCGUUUACGAGGCGUCGUGUGAGGCGUACAAACACAAAGGAAACACGUCAGGCUUCUACUACAUCGACGUGGAUGGAAGCGGCCCCAUCAAACCUCAACUAAUCUACUGCAACAUGUCAGAUAAAGCGUGGAUGGUGAUCCAACAUAAUAACACGGAGCUCACCAAAUUAAAAGCGUCCUCCGGGAUGAAUCAGCAUUUAGCCCACUUUAACUAUUCGGCGACGCCGGAGCAGAUCCCGAUAAUUACCCAGGCGGAGCACUGCGAGCAGGAGCUCUCCUACCACUGCAAGAAGUCACGGCUCCUGAACACGCCAGACGGCGCUCCCUUCAGCUGGUGGGUGGGCGGCUCGGGCGAGGCUCACAUGUACUGGGGCGGAGCGGUGCCGGGCAGUCAGCAGUGUGCCUGUGGUCUGCAGGAGAACUGUGUCCAUCCUGAACACUUCUGCAACUGUGACGCCGACAGCAAAGAGUGGUCGAACGACUCUGGGCUGCUGUCUCAUAAGGAGCACUUACCGGUUCGAGCUCUGGCUGUGGGUGACAUCAACAGAUCGGGUUCAGAAGCGGCCUACAGAGUAGGAGCCCUGCAGUGUUACGGCGACAACAACUUCUGGAACGCCGCCUACUUCAACAAGGAGACGUCGUACCUGCACUUCCCCACGUUUCACGGGGAGCUGAGCGCCGAUAUCUCCUUCCUGUUCAAGACCAGCUCUUCAUCGGGAGUGUUUCUGGAGAACCUCGGGAUCAAAGACUUCAUCCGGAUCGAACUGAGCUCUCCGACUCAGGUGCUGUUCUCCUUCGACGUGGGGAACGGGCCUCUGGAGGUGAAGGUGGAGACUCCCGCGGCUCUGAACGAUGAGCGCUGGCAUCACGUGAGGGCCGAGAGGAACGUGAAGGAGGCCUCGCUGUACGUGGACCAUCACCCCGGAGCCGUGCAGAAAGCCCCGGCGGACGGACACAUUCAUCUGCAGCUCAACAGCCAGCUGUUCGUAGGAGGAACGGCGUCCCGGCAGAAGGGCUUCCUGGGCUGCAUUCGCUCGCUGAAGCUGAACGGGAAGACUCUGGAUCUGGAGGAGCGGGCCGAGAUCACGCCCGGGGUAACUCCCGGCUGUCCCGGACACUGCAGCAGCUACGGAGGCCUGUGCCAGAAUCAGGGCAGCUGUGUGGAGAACCACAGCAGCUUCUCCUGCGACUGCAGCCUCUCGCCCUUCACCGGCACCUUCUGCCAUAAAGACGUUUCUGCCUCCUUCAAACCCGGGACGUCAGUCACGUACGCGUUCAAAGAGCCGUACGAGCUGAACAGGAACGUCAGCGCUCAGUCGUCCUCCAUCUACUCAGAUUUAACGCUGAGAGGAGAGAACGUUUCUCUGAGCUUCAGGACGAGUCAAGCGCCGGCGCUGCUGCUUUACGUCAGCUCCUACUACAGAGAGUUCCUCGCCGUCCUGCUCGACAGAAACGGACAUUUGGACGUCAAGUACAAACUGCAGCACAACAGAGACGCGGAGGUUUUCCGAGCCAGCGGCAGGAGUCUGGCCAACGGGCAGCUGCACCGCGUGAGCGUCCAGAGACUGGCAGACACGCUCAGCAUUCAGGUGGAUCAGCAUGCGAAGGAAUAUUUCAAUCUCACGUCAGACACUGAAUUCAAUGCCGUCAAGUCGAUCGUGUUGGGAAAAGUCAUCGACUCGGGUGAAGUGGAUCCAGAGAUCGCUCGUCUGAAUGCUCUGGGCUUCACCGGAUGUUUGUCGGUGGUCCAGUUUAACUCCAUCUCCCCGCUGAAGGCGGCUCUGCUGUAUCCAGACACCAGUCCUGUGAUCAUCACCGGAGCUCUGAGUGAAUCCAGCUGUGGCUCUUCUUCAGCCGCAAACCCCUACGCCGCAGAGACCACGCAUUCCCUCACAGAUCAUCUGAGUACAGUAGGUACGGGUGAACCCAUAGUCAAUGCUAUCAACAGCGACUCGGCUUUGAUCGGAGGUGUCAUUGCCGUCGUGAUAUUUGUGAGUCUGGCCGCUCUGGCUGUGACGGCGAGAUUCCUGUACCGACGGAAAGAAACGUUUCAGACCCAAGAGCCCAAAGCGGGGAAAACAGACGACAGUCCCGAAACGCCCUUUAACACGGAUCCCAACUCACAGAGCAUUAUCAGUGAUAACCAAAAAGAGUAUUUCAUAUGACGCUCUCUCCCCUCGUAUCGGACUAAUCCAGUUAAACCGACGGACUGAAAUGCCUUGUCGAGUCUAGGGACAUUAACAUUCACGGUGCAUUAUGGGAAACCGACCGAGAGACUGGGGCUGCCGAAGAGGAGCGACGCAUCCCUCCGUUUUUGCCCUUUUUGUACAUAAAACGGUUAUUGUCCAGAGAUUUGGCACAAUAGUACGGUUUCUAAGGUGUGUAUAAUGACAUUCAUUGGUUGUAAAUAUUCUUUUGAAAUGAAACUUUGUAACGUCGCCUUCUCCUUUUGCCUUCGAACGAUUCAGUGCUCAGUAUUACAUUUAACGGAGUCGAAGAAGCGAUCAUUGUGUAACUAAAUCGAAAUAAAUGUGUGAGUCGGUGAGUGCGAUGUUGUUGUGAAUACAUGCGUUCGGGGAAGGCUGUACGCUCCGUAUUUAUCACUCUUUGCCCGUGCUUUUCUCAGUGAUUUGCCACUUGGAACAAAAAAAUACAUCCUAUGACAGUUGUUUAUUGUGGACAA